CCGCCGCGCGCCUGCAGCUAAGCUAAUCCACCUACAGUUGAACGGCACUUGUGAUCUGAACGUGACUGCUCCCUUAAACAGUGUACAACGUUGUGGUGACAGAUACGAACCAGGUAAUGAACCCACCAAACCUGUUUCUGGAUGACCUCUAGCUUGGUUAGCUGGCUACACCUAGCGUGUCCAGGUUAACAUUGCCCUCAGUGGUGUGUCAGUUCCUGAAUCCUGCUUGAGGGACAAAGGUGUUUUGUAUUGCUACAACCGAACAACCGAUAGGCUGCUCCACAGUUCCUCUGUGUUUCUGUGCGGGACCAGCGCGCACUAAAGCUAGUUAGUGCUUAACAAGCGGUUACUUUGAUGGAUUAUCCCCACAAACCAAGUUACGAUCCAGUUUGUAAUGUCUCCUGUGGAAACGGUGUCUGGACUGGCCAGAAUUGUACUUUUGGUCAUCAUCUGCAUUGUUUGGUAGUAAAUGUGACCGAGGGCAACAACUCAACCAGCCUCACUAUGGGUCAAGACAAGGGGAAGUAUGAUUUUUACAUUGGUCUGGGACUGGCCAUCAGUUCCAGCAUAUUCAUCGGAGGGAGUUUUAUUCUCAAGAAGAAAGGACUUCUUAGGCUGGCACGGAAAGGAUCUAUGCGAGCCGGCCAGGGUGGUCAUGCAUAUUUGAAAGAAUGGCUAUGGUGGGCUGGUUUACUAUCCAUGGGAGCUGGUGAAGCAGCCAACUUUGCAGCAUAUGCCUUUGCUCCUGCAACGCUGGUCACCCCACUGGGAGCCCUCAGCGUGCUUGUCAGCGCCGUGCUGUCUUCAUACUUCCUGACAGAGCGGUUAAACCUGCACGGGAAGCUUGGCUGUCUGCUCAGUAUCCUGGGCUCCACCACCAUGGUGAUUCACGCCCCACAAGAGGAAGAGAUCAACAGCCUGGAGCACAUGGCCAAGAAACUGGUCGACCCAGGUUUUCUCGUAUUUGCUACACUUGUCAUCAUUGUGGCCCUUAUCUUCAUAUUUGUUGUGGGUCCUCGUCAUGGUCAGACCAACAUCCUUGUCUACAUCACUAUCUGCUCAGUAAUUGGGGCAUUAUCAGUGUCCUGUGUCAAAGGACUAGGCAUUGCCAUAAAGGAACUAAUUGCAGGGAAAAGUGUCCUAAGAAACCCUCUGGCCUGGUUCCUGCUUCUGGCUCUGGUGGCCUGUGUGAGCACGCAGAUCAACUACCUGAACAAGGCUCUGGACAUAUUCAACACCUCAUUGGUGACUCCCAUUUACUACGUAUUCUUCACCACAUCAGUGCUCACAUGCUCAGCCAUUCUUUUCAAGGAAUGGGAGCACAUGGGCACAGACGACGUGAUCGGAACCCUCAGUGGCUUUCUCACAAUCAUCGUGGGAAUCUUCCUUCUCCACGCCUUCAAAGACAUUAAUGUUAGCUUGGCUACUCUUGCUGUGUCUAUUAGGAAGGAAGAAAGGACCUUUCCCGCAGCCAAUGGCAUGGCCUCCCACAGCUCCUAUGAACUGCUAAAUACUGAGGAGUCUACAGCAAACAUGGAGGACAGAGAAAUAGGUUUGCCUUUUGACAGCAUCUCAAGAAGAAAUGGGGCAAUGAUGUCCUCACUGGAUCAUUAAGGACACUCCAGGUCCUUACUGAGUGACUAGCGUUGUUGUAGACAUGGUGUAUAAAAAUAAGACAAUCAGCUGUUGGGGGGAGGGUCAACUUAGACAGACCAGUGGAUUGUAUGGAGCAUUUUGAUUUGCCUUACUUUUCUCAGAAUAUGACCUGCUCAUAUUCAGAUACAAUUAGAACAUGAUUUCAUUCCUCUGUAGCGGUGUAAAUAUUUUUUAAAGAAAUGAUUUGUUAUAUGUACAAGCAUAUCCAUGCACUGACUGACUUUCUAUAAAUCAAAAAAAACUUUUAAUAUAUAUAGAGAGAUAUAUUCUGGGAGGUCCUGAUGAAAAUGACUACAUUUUGAAGAAAAACUCUAGAUGAUGACUAUAAUUUGAGUUUCAUAAUACUUGAAAAUAAUUUCUGUUGGAAAUCAUUUUGAACUUUUUUUUUGGUUGUGUUUACAUGAAAAGCUCCCGAGAUGGCAUAUCAGAUUUGUUACGUAUUUAUUGACUUAAAAUGAUUAAAACAUUUGAAACACAA